AUGGCGUCUUCAAGAUGGCGUCCUGGUAAACGAGUUGCGAUCGUGGGGGGAGGCCCCGGAUCGAUCUCGACUGGCCUUGCCUUCAUUCAACGUGGCUAUGACGUGCGGAUCUUCGAGCGACAACCGGAAUGCAAGGCCAUAGGAGGCGCCGUCCUCUUGUCUACUCCCGUGUUGUCGAUUCUUCGGUCCUACGGCUUGAGUCUGGACAACGUUGGCUCGUAUACAGUCACAUAUUUCAAGAACAAGGCUGGGACAGAGCGUGUCAAGUUACCGUUCAACUCUGUUGUUGAAAAGCGCAUGGGUAUUAAGGGCUGGCAUUAUGGGGUCCUUCGCUCUUCAAUCUUCAAAAAGAUGCUCGACCUUGUUCCCGAGGGUGUGAUUCACGCCGGCCACGAAUUUACAUCUUACACAGAGACUGACGACGGCGUCCAACUUUGUUUCAAAAACGGACAUCAAAUCACCGCCGAUAUUGUUGUCGGUGCGGAUGGCAUUCGAUCGAAGGUUUCACAACAGGCGUUUGGCGACCCUCAGCUAUUCCACACUGGUAUUCGCCUCUGGCUCGCCUGGUGCGAUUAUAUUCCCGAUAUCCCUCCCAACUAUGGUGUCGUCUCCCAUGACUGGCAGUACCAAGCCAGUUUCUUUCCAAUGCUUCAUGAUGGCAAGCCCGGGUUUGAGUGGUGGGUGGUCGAGCCCUCUUGGGAAGGGAAGCCUAUCCCGGAAGACCCCAAGGCACACCUCACUGAAAUCCUCAAAGAUUGGGCACAGCCCAUGCCUCGCUUUUUGGAUGCCACCAACUUCGACACCCAGGUUUAUCGCUGGGAGAUCUAUAACCGACCUUCAAUGAAAAAGUGGUCUAAAGGACGGGUGGUGUGUGUUGGCGACGCUGUGCACCCGGUGUCGCCGUAUGCUGCGUACGGUAUGGGCAUGGCAAUUGAAGACGGUUAUUACCUUGCCAGAGCGUUGGAUGGCGUCGACCUGCGUGACCAACAAGUAUUCAGAGCCGGAUGUGAAAUCUACGAGAAACAGCGAGUUGACUAUGUGAAUCAUAACAUGGAGUUUGCUCGUUUUCUUGGUCAAAUGUUUCACUGGGUACCUCGGCCUCUCGCCAAUAUUCGUGAUUUAUUAUUCGACUACACCCCGUUGCUCAGCAGGUAUCUCAGAGAUGGCUACCUUAAGAAGGCUGAGGAGGAAACACUAAGCUUGAAGGAGCUUCAGGUCGUUCCUUGA